CAUCGGCCCAGUCCUCCCCUCCACCCGAUCGAUCUCGCGGAGUCUCGCAAAGCACGAGAGUCCGAUCGGCGGAGCACAACAGAGGCCGCCCAGAGGCACCUAUUUAAGAGUUUUUCCCUCCUCAUCUUCUCUUAACGCUUAGUAUGGAGGUGUAAGAAGUGCUGUGAUACGCGAGUUGUUUGGUGCCCACAGUGAACCCACAUCAUGAAAAUGGUUUUGUCGCAGCGCCAAAGAGAGGAACUCAAUAAGGCCAUAGCUGACUACCUGUGCAGCAAUGGCUAUAUGGAUGCUCUGGAGGCCUUCAAGGCAGAGGCUGACAUGCCGGGGGAGAUCGAGAGAAAAUACGCCGGACUCCUUGAGAAGAAAUGGUGCUCAGUCAUCAGGCUCCAGAAAAAGGUUAUGGAGCUUGAGGUGAAGCUGAACGAAGCCGAGAGAGAGUACAUCGCAGGAGCCCCGACACGCGACAAACGCUCCCCCGCAGAAUGGAUCCCUCGCCCCCCGGAGAAGUACUGCCUCACCGGACACAGAGCUCCGGUCACUCGGGUCAUCAUCCACCCCAUGUACUCGGUGAUGGUGUCGUCCAGCGAAGACGGGACCAUCAAGGUGUGGGACUACGAGACAGGUGACUACGAGAAGACCCUCAAGGGUCACACCGACAGCAUCCAGGACAUUGCCUUCGACCAUAGCGGGAAGUUCCUAGUGUCAUGUAGUGCCGACAUGUCCAUCAAGCUGUGGGACUUCUCCUCCUACGAGUGCGUCAAGACCAUGCACGGCCACGACCACAACGUCUCCUCCGUCACCUUCAUGCCCUCGGGUGACUACCUCCUCAGCUCCUCCCGGGACAAGACCAUCAAGAUGUGGGAGGUGGCGACCGGGUACUGCGUCAAGACCUUCACUGGGCACCGGGAGUGGGUCAGGAUGGUGCGGGUGUGCAGCGACGGCUCCCUCAUCGCCUCCUGCUCUAACGACCAGACGGUGCGAGUCUGGCUCACGGCUACCAAGGAGUGCAAGGCCGAACUUCGAGAGCACGACCACGUGGUUGAGUGCAUCACCUGGUGUGAGGGCAAUGCCUGCUCCGCGGUGAACGACGCCCUCGCCACGGACAACCGCAAGCCCACCUACCAAGGCCCCUUCCUCAUCUCGGGCUCCAGGGACAAGACCAUCAAGAUUUGGGACGUGGGUGUGGGCCUCUGCCUCAUCACACUGGUGGGCCACGACAACUGGGUGCGGGGCCUCGUGGUUCACCCGGGCGGAAAGUACCUCCUCUCGGCCUCGGAUGACAAGACCGUUCGGGUGUGGGACAUCAAGAAUAAGCGUUGCCAAAAGACCCUCGAUGCUCACUCUCACUUCUGUACAUCCUUAGACAUGCAUAGAAACGCCCCUUACGUCAUCACCGGCAGCGUGGACCAGACCAUCAAGGUGUGGGAGUGUCGCUAACAUGAGGGUGUGCCAGCCAGCCAGCCUCCCCCUCCCAGCCCACCCCUUCCUCCCUACUGCACGCUGUCACUGCUGCCACACACACGGAUGAUGAUGAUGCCACUGCUGCUGCUGCUGUUGCUGCUGCUGCUCCCUGCCCCUCCUGCACUGCUGUCUGUGAUCCCCUGCCCUGUGGCUGCUCUGGUGGUGGUGGUGGUGGCGGUGGUGGUGGCAGCCACGCUGGGUACCUCCGCAGGGCUGGUGCCACCCUCCCUGCCCUGCACUAUGAUCUUGAGGGAGCUGGAAUUUGGACAGUGUGCAGUAAGAGGCAAGUGGAUCAUGUUUUUGGGAGGAUAAAACCCAAGUAAUUUAUUACUUUAAUUUAUUAUUACCACAAAAGAUAUCAAGAGCACCACCCUCUUGACAGUAACUUGGGCAUAACUGGGGCGCCAGGGAAGCUGAGGGGCAUCUAGGGUGGGCUCAGCACCUGUGUAUAGCUGCUGCUUGUGUUGCCUCCUUAUCUUGCACACACGGCAAGGCCGAGGCUGCAGGCUUGCAGCUCCAGGUGUGACGUGUUGCUGAUCCUCUGUUGUUUCUACACCAAAGAAGAGUAGAGGUGUUUCUUCAAUGCCUGGAAGUGUUUACCAUGAGCUCAUUUGUAUUUGUGAUUCCUCAUUCCCAGGUGAUGAUCAUUAAAAAAAAAAAAAAAACUAAUGUAACAUUGUAAAUAUUGAAGUAGCAACUUAGUUACUUAUACAACAGCCAUGUUUUGAGAAACAUAACGGAGGGCAAGGAUGGAAUAUGUAGGCAGCAGUACAGCGAUGCUUGUAAUUGGUGGGCUGAGGGCCAGGCAGAGGGUGGCAGCAGAGGCCUCCGCCCCUGGCCACGGCCCCUCUCAAAGAGUGGGCCUGGCACACAGCGCCUGCCCCCCAGCACACCCUGCGACACAAGCCUUGGGAGACAGGAGAGGCUAGUUCAGUACAGGCAGUCUGGUGCUACACCCCUGGCCUCCACAGGGAGACUGUAUCUAGGGUACAGCCUCCCUGGGCCUCCUCCGCCACCUGAGCGUGUCGGGGCCAGGCGGGCGGUUGGUUGGUGGCUGUUACCUCGGUUGUGUCCGGCGGGGCCGCGCGCUCCCACGUUCAAUUCUCCUCACAGACAAUACGAGUCUUAACUUUACUCUUUCAUUUUGUCACUCUGCGACCUGUAUCUUCACCACAUCCAGAUUUCAUGGCAGAUCUUUAAAAAGUCAAAUUAGCGAGGCACAAAGGGUGCCUUUUUUUUUAUAUACUAACAUGCUGUGAUUACCUUAUAUAGUCUACACUUUACAGAGCUUUAGUAUAUUUUUUGUAUUUUUGUACUGUUUAAAGUAGCCAUGUGGUUUUGAUGGUCAUAUUGGCAUCAAAUGAUCACUGACUAUCUUGUGUUUAUUACAAUGAGGCUGGGGCUACUCUGAGGCUACCUUGCCUGGCCAGCCAGCCAAGGAACAGCACCACCAGUAGCUAUCAGUCACCCUGCCUUGGACUAUGCCUGUGCCUGCACUGCCAGCGGGUCAGUGUCAUGCAAACUUUGGUGAACACCACCACACUAGUUCAGUUAAGCAGCAGUAAUAGAGAGGCCGGCUCUUCUGUAUUGACAACUGAAAAUGGCUGCCACAAGGUCUUAGCUGUGUUGCAUAAUAUGUUGAAUAGUCCAUGGGGCUGGUUAGUUUCAGAUUUAUUAUAUAAUGUGUGUGGAUAUGUGUGUAGUAUGCAUAUACUCUUCUGCAUAAUGAUGCAUAUUUGUAUAUGCAUAACACAUUCUUUUCUUUGAAUUAAAACUCAACCAUAUACUUAUACAUUGCAUAUACCCUUCUGCAUUAUCAUGCAUAUUGUAUAUGCAUAGUAGCACAUUCUUUUUUUCUUUGAAUAAAAACUCGCCUGUAUUCUUAUACAUGCAUAAACAUUCAUUACAUUUACUCUACAAUGCUAGAUCUGAGGCCUAAGUGACAGUGUAUACAAUAGUGGCAGCCGAAGAAAGUGUCAAACAUGUCUUGCUUUAGUCAACAGACGCCGCUGUCAUUUGACUCUGCUCCUCUCACUAGUGUGUAGCCAAAUAGUGUAAGUGCAUUUUGGUGCAAACCUUUUUUUUCCAAAUAUUGUUUUAUAGUUAUUUAUUUCACGUGUAUGACUCGCUCUUGAAACUUCAUGACGAUGGGGCCAUAGGGGCUGUUGGAGAGACCUUUGAGAUGGCACUCAGGACUUUUGACGACCUUACUUCUGUCUCCUCCUCUAUGAACACUUGCGACACUAGGCCGCUGGGGAGGGUCGUUGCUGCUGUUGCCUCCGCUGCCGUAGCCAUCGCAUCCCCGGGCAGCACAUGGGAGGGACCCUAAGAGUCGAGAGGCAAGAGGCGUUGAUUCUGAUAGCCAGGCACAUCGGCGGUCAGGUAACGUUGCCUUUCAUGAAGCAGACACCUGAAGCUUGGCACAAUCAGUUACCAGUUGGAGUUGAGACUUACCCACAUUCCAUAGCCUUGUGGUGGUGACUGGUGGUAGGCCCGGACGCGAGGUGUGUCGGGGCUGUCGGCUGUUUUGUUUGCUGUCUGUACUUCUGAUCCUAUUGCUUGGCCAUUAAAGGAAAUACUAUUGUCUGUUCUUGAAAGGUAAUGUUCGCUGACGGCUAGAGAGAAAACUUACCUAUAUAAAUUUCAAGUAACUAACCAAUUUUUUUUUCUCACGAUAUACAUAGUCUCCUACACACUAAUGAUGUUGAUGUUGAUAUACGAGUCUGUGUCUUAUUUAUUGUUUAGACUCAUUAUUUGUGCUGGUUUAGUUUUGUGGACAAGCAAACACGUGUAACAAUAGGUGAUCAUUUUUUAGUCAGUGUUGGUUCACUAGCGACUGUCUUUGGCUUUGUUUUUUCUUUCUUUAAAUAGAUAAAUUCAAUCUUAGUGUUUCUGAAGACAGAGGUUUUUGUUUGGUGGGUUUCGUACCCCAGAGAAGGUCACUGUUUACACUACACCAUUUUGAAAUUGUUCAAGCUGGAAGUUUGUCUAACCCAUUACCUUGAGACAGGUAAUUUGUGACCACUGAUCCCAAGGGUGUGCUCACUCACUCACCCAGGAGUUUUUUCAGUACAGAGUUUCAGACAGAAAAUUAGUGAACCCAAUGAGAGGUAAGUCUGAGAAGGGCACAAUUUUGUUUAGUUGUUUUAGUCACCAGUCUUGUUCCAGCUGAAACGCUUGUUUACCCCCACAAGAGGAGUGUGUCAGCCAAUCCUCCAAGCGAUUUCAGGCACAGACUUUUGAGUUCACUUCAGUUUUCAGGCGUUGUGAACCUCUGCUCUUGCUAGCUUAGAGAGAAGUCACACCCUGAGCGUUGGCGAGGCACCUCCCUCUCCCGUCACCACGACACGCCACCUUUUCCUUGGUUAGCCUCUGUGUCCAAGAAGUGAACUUUGUUUCCCUUAUAUACAUACAUACAUAUAUAUACAUAUAAAUAUAUACAUACAUAUAUAUGCAUUAAAAUUGAUGUUCAGACUUGUCUUUUAGUGAAACCAUUCUUGAAGGAAACAAGUCAAUGUUCUGCUUGUCGUACAUGACUGAACAAUUCUCCGUUCAGCACACUUUCAUUCCGUUCCUUUGUGUGGUGUAGCAGCGUCUUCACACUCUUAUCACUGGCAUACAUUGGACUUUUAAACAUCUUGCAUGUGUUUACAUUUUGUUUUUCCAAUUUCUUGCUUCUCUAUAUUUUCAGGUAUUUUGCAUGCUUUUGCUAAUGUUGGUGACAUUAGGAGUGUGCAUGUUGAAGACUGUUGAUGACAACACUGUCGCGAGUCAUUAGAAAGCACUGAUGUUUGACAUGAGUCUUGUGGGAUGAUUGAUUACAUUUAGACAUGGGUGAGAUAAUGUACCCAAGCCGGAACAUCUUGGCAGCUUGGAAAAAUCAAAUCUGCAGCCAUUUUUAUUCAGCUUAUAUUUUUUGUAGUGGAGGAAUUUCACGGUCUUUAAUUAGUUGCUUUGAACAACUUUGUUACUGCUGAACACUGUACAUAAUUACCUUCUCUUCUCUGUACAUUUAUUCUAUAAACAUUAAGUAACAACUGAAUAAAUUCGAUGUACACCA